AUAUGCCCCUUGAACUAUCACUUAAUUUUUCGAUUUCCUCUCUGAACUUUGAGAGACCACGAAAAAGCCAUGUGCUUUGAGAGAGAUUUUUCAAUGUGACCGGUUCACGGUAAUACAUCAUCUACCAUUAUACAAAUAAUAAGAUACGUAUAUUAAAAAAUUAAUAAUUUAAAAAAUAAAAAUUUUCACCACAACACGCUGUGUAUCCCGUGAUCUGGUCAUAACCAAAAAUUUGCGGUGCUUUGAGUUAUGGAGUACGAGAGCUGACCAUGAUUACGGCGGAACAGCUCUGCGUGUGUUUUCUGAGCAAGUGAAACUGUGAAACUCUCAAAACCGUGAAGCAAGUCCACGCCUUUGCAUCCAAGACCGGCAUCGACGCUCAUCCCUUUGUCUUCGGCAAGCUCCUCCUCCACUGCGCCGUCACAAUCUCCGACGCUCUCCACUACGCUCGCCGCCUCUUCCUUCAUUUUCGAAACCCAGAUGCCUUCAUGUACAAUACUCUCAUUCGCGGGCUCGCCGAGUCGGAUACUCCGCAUAAUGCGCUUGUUGUGUUUGCUGAAAUGCGUCGGAGAUUGACCGACCCCAUUGAUAGCUUCUCUUUCGCGUUUGUACUCAAGGCGGCGGCGAAUUGCGGGGCUUUAAGAUAUGGGAUGCAGCUGCAUUGUCAAGCUUUGGCUUGUGGGCCUGAUACCCAUCCUUUUGUUGGGACAACUUUGAUUAGUAUGUAUGCUGAAUGCGGGCGUGUUAAGUUUGCUCAAAAGGUGUUUGAGGAAAUGCGUGAACCAAAUAUGGUUGCGUGGAAUGCGAUUCUUACCUCGUGUUUUAGGUUUGGGGAUGCAAAGGGUGCGGAGACGAUGUUUGGCCAGAUGCCUUUGAGGAAUUUGACCUCUUGGAACAUUUUGCUUGCAGGGUAUGUGAAAACGGAUGAGCUUGAGCUGGCUAAGAAGGCAUUUUUGAGGAUGCCGAUGAAUGAUAUGUCUUGGAGUACUAUGAUUGUGGGGUUUGCUCAGAAUAGUUGCUUUGAUGAGGCUUUUGGGUUUUUCAGGGAACUACAGAGGGAGGGAAUUAGACCGAAUGAGGCGAGCUUGACUGGAGUACUCUCUGCAUGUGCGCAAGCUGGUGCAUUUGAGUUUGGUAAAAUUUUACAUUGUUUAGUAGAGAAGGCUGGUUUGCUUUCGAUGAUUUCAGUCAAUAAUGCACUCCUGGAUACUGGCAAUGUGGACAUGGCUAGGUUGGUCUUCAAAAGAAUGCCAGAGAAGAGUAUUAUUUCGUGGACUUCAAUGAUAGCAGCGCUUGCAAUGCAUGGUUAUGAAAAAGCAAUACAAAUUUUCCGUAAGAUGGAAAUGUCUGGAAUUAAGCUCGAUGGGAUCACCUUCAUUUCAGUUUUGUAUGCUUGUAGUCAUGCUGGUCUGGUUGACGAAGGAUGUGAGUAUUUCUCUAAGAUGAGAGAUUUAUAUGGUAUGGAACCAGCUAUUGAACAUUACGGUUGUAUAGUAGAUCUAUAUGGUCGAGCUGGUAAACUGCAGAAGGCCCGUGAUUUUGUACGUGAAUUGCCAAUAUCUCCUAAUGCUGUCAUUUGGUGUACUCUUCUUGGGGCUUGCAGCAUUCAUGGUAAUGUUGAGUUGGCAGAACAAGUGAAGGAAGUUCUUUCCAAACUUGAUCCCGACAAUUCUGGUGACCAUGUUCUCUUGUCAAAUGCAUACGCUGUUGCGGGGAAGUGAAAGGAUGUUGCUGCUCUAAGAAGAUCAAUGGCUGACCAGAGGAUUAAGAAAGCUCCAGGAUGGCGUGCAAUCGAAGUUGACCGGGUCAUGUAGUUUAUGGUUGGUAAAAAAUCAAAUAACAUUACAGAAGAUGCUUAUGAGAAGCUAAGGGAGGUAAUGUUAAAACUUAUGGUUGAAGGAGGUUAUGUUCCGGAGGUUAGGAGUGUUUUGCAUGACAUAGAAGAAGAGGAUAAAGAAGAUUCAGUUUUCAGGCACAGUGAGAAACUUGCUGUAGCUUUUGGGUUGGCAAGACAGCGUGAAGGAAGGAUUAUAAGGAUUGUGAAGAAUUUACUGGUCUGUAAGCACUGUCAUACAGUGAUGAAGCUGAUUUCUAAGGUUUAUAGAGUGGAGAUUGUGGUUAGAGAUGGAAGCCGUUUUCACUCCUUCAAGGAUGGCUCUUGUUCAUGUAAAGAUUACUGGUGAGUGGCGACUGAUGAAGCGCUUGAAGAAGUUUAGCUCCUGUAAUUUUAAGAGAGAUCAACGUCGUGGAAGAAGUUAAUAGACUGACCCUGAUGCACAAAUACAAAAAAGAAUGCCAAGAAUUUGGCAUGGAGUUGUAUCAUUGGUUCAAAAUUUCAACAAUUGGUUCAAUGGAAGCAAGGGAAAUCAUGAAUGCUGGAAAAAACUUAUAAAUCAAGAGGGAUUAUAAUGCAGAUGGAGUAAUUGAUGGUAGGAAGCACUUGUUAAAUCGUGAAAAAUUCGUGGCUUUUACAAUUUUCAUGGGGUUUUCUUUUGGCUUGAAUCUGUUGUGCUUUUGAAUCCUUUGAUACAAUAUUGAAAAAGAAUAUCCAAAGGAAUAAGGUGAGAAAAUUUAACGUUUGGCGGGUGGGAGGCCAACGGCACCAUAUGAAAAAGUGAACAAACUUGUAUCUCAUUUGGUGCUAACUGAUAUUUCCAAAACUUUUGUGGACACUAGCGAUAUGUUCAAAUCUCUCAUUUGGUGUGCUGAUUGCUGAACUGAGAUUCUUUAAUAUUUUUCUACAGAAGAGAAACCAGUGGUCAGCAUCUUCCUCUCAACUUCUGCUACAAACUCAUGGCGCUCUCCACAGCAUUCUACACAUCUUCACAGCCAUCCCGUGCUCUUUUGUUCUGAACCCGGAAACCAAAUUUCUCUCAGAGUGCUUGCUUCCAGAAAACACUAACAGUUAGGGCUUCAACCACCCUGAAGAACUCCUCCAAGCUCCCUGUGGGUGAGAAAUCUUCACUCCCAUCACAGAAAAUGACUUUGUGGUAUUUGGAGGAGGGCAUGCAGCUACUUCAACUAUUCGUGCUUUAAAACGUUGUGCUGUGAAACCUAAAGCCAUUGCCGCUGUUGCACUCACCUGGGCUGGUCCCCUUCCUAUUGUUUUUGGUCGAGAUUCUAGCAUGUAAACUAGGUACAGACUACUUCGAGGCACCUUACAAGCCCUUGCUGUGGGCUGGAUGAUGUAUAACAUGCUUGUCAGCAAUGAGAAGUCAAUUGAAUCACAAUACUGAUCACGUCUAUUGAAAUCCUGACAAUGUGACUCCUGGAAUUGUCGAAAGUAGAUAUGCGCUGACAAAGACGAAGGGAGCUCGCUACACGCCCGCUGCUUUCUUGACUGGCCUCCUUGACCCUGUACAAACUCUGAGAGGAAUUUCUUGAACUCUUUGCGGAUAUGGGCAGAAGGAAGAUACCAGUUAUUGUCCUCUCAACCGAAGGAUCGCCAAAGAGGUCAAAAGCAAAAAUAGAAGCUCUCCAGGAAGCUGACACCAUAUGUCGUUGUUUAGUAUUUUCGAAGUAAAGGAAUGCAGAAUGAUAUUUUCAGAGUGGCUGCGACAGUUGGAUAAUUGGCGAACCAAAAUCCAACAAGCAAAUGCCCUAGGCUGAGGCCUGCCUAAGGCAUCAGUAGCGUAAAUGCUAGCCCAGAGUAAAGUCUAGCUAUAGCCCAAAUUGGCAUAGCAAAUCAGCUGCUCUGUUAGGGAUGACCCAAAAAAGUUCUUUUAGCAAGCUACUUGAAUCUUAAGAUCUCAAGAAAUUUUUAUGUGCGGCUGUCGAAACACACUCACAAGGGGUGAGACUGUCUGCGUUUGCGUCUCACUUCUUAUAAGUGUGUUAUUGUAUACGGUAGGCGCACAUGAAGAUUACCUUCUAAGAUGUCGGUUAUUCCUAUUACGUGUACCACAACAUGCAUCAAUCAAUCAAUAUUAGCGUUAACUAUGUGGAUGACAAAGACCCAUUACCAAAAAUCCAAUCCCAAACACCAUGUUACGAUUUA